AUGGAACCUAAAUUUUCAGAUUCAUCAUCAGAACCUGCUAAUGAGCAAUUUUGGAAGCUUGCCGAAUCAUCUUCAGAUGAAGAAGUAAACCAGUUGAUACAGAUUAUUGUAGACGAACAACAAGAGAAUGGAAGGAACAAAUGUCGGGGCUCGGUUCCUGGUCGCAAGUUUACUGAACGAUAUCGAUUUCAAAUUCACCAAAUCCUUUUUCGAGAUUAUUUUGCUGAAAAUCCUGUUCAUAAAGAUGAUUCUGCGGGACGUCUUGGAUUAUCAUCUCUACAAAAGGCAACAGCUGCAAUGCGAAUGUUAGCAUAUGGGCAUUCGGCAAAUUCAGUGAACGAUUAUGUGAGAAUUGGGGAAAGCACUGCAAUUGAAGCUCUUAGAAGGUUUGUUCAAGCUAUUAUUGAGUAUUCUCCUUUAUUUGCUGACCUCCGUAAAGGCCAAGCUCCUCCGAUUAAUUACAACAUAAAUAAUCAUGAUUAUACUAUGGGAUAUUACCUAGCUGAUGGGAUAUAUGCUUCAUGGGCCACUUUUGUCAAAUCCAUUCCUCAACCACAAGGGGAGAAAGCAAAGAAUUUUGCUAAAGCUCAAGAUGGAUGUCGGAAAGAUGUAGAACGAGCCUUUGGAGUGCUCUAA